AUGAAACGACUGCAAUUGUUCAGCUCUAGCAAGUACUUUUCCCUGAGUUCCAAGAGCUCUGACGAAGGGACUCCGAGAGGAAGAUCCCCAGCCAGAACCAGACCAAAAAGAUACCAGCCGGUCAGGAAAGGAGCUGAGAGAAGACCUAGACUGCAUCUUCUGAGUCUUCCAUCGAAGAUACUGUCUCAGAUCAUCGGACAGUUGGAUGUGAACACGCUUCUAUCGCUAUGUCAAGUGAAUUCAGAACUUUACGAGCUCAUAUCGAAUGAGUUUUUAUAUCGCAGGAUUACUCUGGAUAACAAGCUCUCAUUAUUGAAAUUCAAUGCUCUAAUACAUUCCGAGUUUCGCACUUCUAGUGCCCUGGCAGAACAGAAUUGCUGCAAGCAAGCGUCUCAAAACGUUAGAUUCCUGGUUAGAAGCAUUGAGUUUAGAAAUCCUCAGUGCCAGGAUUCAUUGCUGAAGUAUAGCAAGUACUACCGUAGCAAUGCAAGUGGACAGGAGUUUUUGGCUGGUUCAUAUGGCUUCGAGAAUGACCUUACGCCGACCAUCAGCAAUUCGAAGUCGCGAACCUCUACCAUAUCUGAAAACUCUGCAAAUAGUUCACGCCGACAUUCAGACAAGUUGGAUCACGCAGUAUCUGAAAAGUACAGGAAUCUAUACAAGUUGGAAUGCCAAUUCAGCCAGUACACUUACAUUGAAUUGAUGCUCGAUAUCAUUGACUAUCUUCCCAAUUUAUCACAGAUAGUCCUUGACAAUGUCCAGCCUGGUUUCAAAGUUCCGCUAUGGUACUCAGUGUUAAAUGACGGUUCAAGGGAUUUUUUCAAGAAGAUCAUCAGUGGACAGCAAUCGAUGACCUGCAAGGACCUGAGAACCUUUGAAAUCUCUGCAGACUUUGCUUCCAAGUAUGAAGAUAGGUUCCACUUGCUACCGAGAGUUAAGAGGCUGGAAAUAAGAGCAGCGUUGGAUAAAAGGACAAGGCGUCAAGUCCUUUUGAAGCCAAAUCUUUUGUGUUGCUUUGGAAUUAUAGAUGAGUUGAUCUUACAAAAUGUCAUCAUUGAUACCGAAUCCCUCGAGGCUCCGCUGGAAUUCGUGCCGUUCCAUUUGAGACUGGAACCGUCAGGAGUGUAUGACCUGCAUUCAACCAUUCGUUCAUUGACUCUAAAAUCAUGCGAAAUAAUACCUGGUAAUGGCAUUUUGACGCGUUUUUACGAUUACUUCAAAUGUGUAAGGGAGCUGCGACUUUUGGAAAUGAUUAGUAAGUUUGAUAUGCUGCUCUGCAAUUGUUUUGCGUCACUCACAGAACUGACGAUCGACUGCAGCAGUCCCUGCUUCACGAGCGAGAAAGUGGUUAACGAUGACUACUACUAUGAGAAAGAAGAUUUGCUCGAUUCUUCUGAGCAAGACUUAGACAGUGAUCAAUUAUCAGUCCCAGAGACUUUGUUUGAUCAGCCCAUCAAUUAUUAUGUGGCUGCUCCGCCUCCAACAUCGCCGGUGGUUUUGGCAAUGCAGCUAAAGUACCUGACAAAGCCUAUGGUCCAAAGCCAAGCCGGUGCUAGAAAAGCAGCGCAGGUGACAAGGUCGCAGAACGAUUUUUUCAAAUCUUCAAGAGUACCCGAGUUUCACCGUUUCUUUCACUAUAACAAAAAGCUUUGGGACAGAUUGCCCCGCAAGAAUAUCAAUAUCAGUAUUGUCAAUAUUCCAUUUACCAAUGUAUUUCCAAUGUCGCCCCAAUUAUACUGCGAAAAGCUUCUAAAACCUCUGGAAGAUGAUCAACAGACACUUUUACCACCGCGUGCGUCACUGCUGGCUGACGACCAAGAUAAGGAGCAUUACUGGGACUGUGCUCUAAAGGAGUGCUUGCUGGAUUCUGUUCGAGAUUCGACCGCCAUAGCAUCCUACUACGAUUCGAACGUAGAGGACUUAAUCAACGAUAUGGACACAGGGCUGCUAAAUAACCUCGAAAACUUCAAGAUGUUUCAAGACAUACCUAAUUUAAACGCAUGGUUUUUUCUCAAGUCGCUAUCAGAAUUCAAAUCUGUUCGAAUGCACAUGUUGAAGCAAUGGCUGUUUUGCACGCCCAGAAGCAGAUUUGACUGGGAAAUACUUCUGAAGCCGGUGCUAAACGUCAGUGUGCCAGUAGAGGUUAGAGACCGGGAUGGUGUUGUAUUAUAUUCAUAUGGUUCAAAAAAGCUGCCCAAAAAAAGAGCUAGUACAUAA